AGAUUGUUCGGUUCAAAGGCGUCAUCAAAAGAUCAUUGAAGCUCUAGUUACGAUUGCAAAAGAAGAGACAGUUGAAUCGAUGGAAAGGGCUGCUGUCAGAUUAGCUAAAUUAGUUGGUUAUG